AUGAACGAGGCUAUCAAGAACAACCGCCUAUAUCGGUGGCUCCUUUGGGUAUGGAACUUUCUCCUCACCAACUGGUUCUUCGUCUUUUUGGCGGUGGCCAUUGCACUAGCACAUCUGUUCCCGAACUUUGCUAAACAGGGCGGAAUGAUUAGAUCGGAAUAUCUGAUCAGUUAUGGUGCGGUUGCAAUUAUUUUCUUGGUUUCGGGCCUACUGAUCUCCUCCAAGACACUUUUCAAUAACUUGACUCACUGGAGAGCGCACACCACCGUUCUUACCAUGUCAUUUCUUAUCACUUCCUCUAUCGUGUACGGAAUUUGUUGCGGAAUUCGUGCUGCUCACGAUUCGCUCAUUGACGACUGGCUUUUGGUUGGACUUAUAGUUGCGCAGUCAUGUCCCACCACUGUUUCUUCGAACGUUGUCAUGACCAAGGCUGCUGAUGGAAACGAUGUUCUCACUGUGAGCGAGGUGGUGAUCGGAAACGUCUUGGGUGCGUUCAUCACCCCUGCUCUUGUGCAGAUGUACCUCACCGGUCCAUGGGAUUUCGGAAACCCUUCGCAUCAGUCAACUCACAUUUCUGUAGGACAGUUGUAUGGAAACGUCAUGAAACAGAUCAGUCUCUCUGUAUUCCUUCCUCUCUUUGUGGGCCAAGUGGUGCAGAACAUCUUCCCUGCUAAGACCAAGUGGUGUCUCACCACCUUCAAGUUGGCCAAGGUGGGUUCGUUCAUGUUGAUCUUGAUUAUGUUCCAGUCAUUUUCCACUGCGUUUGCUCAAAAUGCGUUUACCUCUGUCAGUCAUGCAUCCAUCAUUUUCCUUGUGUUUUUCAAUAUUGGCAUCUAUUUAUUCUUCACCAUCAUCACAUACUUAUACCUGAGGCCCCGUUUCCUUCUCCGCAUCUUCCCUCGUGAACCUACCGCAGAAGACACCAAGCUCUACACAUGGAGCUACAAAAUCUUCCGUCCUUUUUACUACGACCGUAGAGAUACAGUGGCCAUCAUGUUGUGUGGUCCCUCGAAGACUGCUGCAUUGGGUGUUUCUCUUGUCUCUUCUCAAUAUGGCUCCGACAACCCAAAGUUGGGUAUUCUUCUUGUCCCAUUGGUUUUGUACCAGGCCGAGCAGGUGUUUACUGCUCAAAUUUUGGUCAGAUUCAUGAAAAAAUGGAUCCAUGCAGAAGACCCAAAGGAGGACCCUGAAACAGGGUCUCUCAUCGAAAGCUCGGAAAACGACCCGGGCCAUGAAAGUUACGACUCGGCACCAACUGUUCAAGUUCAGGGCCCAAAAUAA